AUGCGCUUCGGCGUGCGCAACGUCUACUACCUCCGUAUCUCCACAUCCACCGUGAUCCCGCUCUACCUGUACCUGGAUGAACGUCACGUCGAGUGGAUGAGCGAGCGCGUGCUGCAGCACGUCCUCGCAGAUCUGCGUCCACAAAUCCUGCAGAAGCUGAUCGACGAAGCGGACGCGCAGCUCGGCCCCGGCGGACCCGCGAACGCAAAGCGGGCCAGCGUCGACGUGCAUCGCGGCGAUACAUACCAAUUCGGCUACUUCCUGCGGAAGAUGGAGCCCCAUUCCGUGCUCAUCAAGACGCGUCACUUCGUUCCCGCUCCGGACCCUCCCCCGCCCGCUGUCAAGGAACCGUCUAAGGCGCCGUCCCCCGAGCCGUCCACGCAAAAGCGGAGGAAACGGCCAGCAAAGAAGCCCUCUAGGGCGAAGAACACGAAGCGCCCAAAGACAAAGGGCAAACAGAGGGCGAGAGACACGGACGAGGAGGACGAGCCCAUGGUGAUCUCUAGUGACGACGACGAGGACCAGAUCAGCGCAUCCCCCAGCGUUCCUGCGCCCCCGCGGCGCUCCGCAAGGGCCCGCAAGCUCGUGGCUGGGGGAUAUCACGAAAACGAGGACAUCAAUCUCGACGAGCAGCCAGAAAUUGCGGACGGUGACGGAGAUGUCGAGAUGGUGGUACCUAACGAGGAACCGAUAGUGCGACCGAUUGAGCCCGGGGAUCAUCCGCUGCCCUCUGGCCUGGAUGACGCGAGCCUCAUCACAAUCGACGAAGCAGAGGACACCCCUACAGUACCGGUCAAGCACGAAGUCGCAGAACCUGCGCUCUCCGAACUGCCUCCUACAGACAUUACAGUAGAAUCGCCUCUAGAGAUCGUUGCAGAGUUCAACACCCCCGCCAUCGAGCCCGCCCUCGUGCCGGAUGAGACGGACAGCAAACAAAAGCUACAGCUGCAACUCCGAUACCAGGGCUUUAACAUCCAAGGCCGCUGCCUCUGCGUGAUCGUCGAGCCAUACCCACCGAUCCGCGCGCCCUCACGAGCACCGUCGUUGACCCCCAUGGGGCUGGUUGGACCCCGCGCGCGCAGUAUCGCUCCGCCGGACUUCGUGCCGAGCGGAGCCUCGCAGAGGGAGCGAACGCCGCUGUUCCUCCCCGAGUACGAUAGAGAGCGCACCGAGACGCCUGCCCCGUCAAUGUUUCCGCGCUCGCUGCCUCCUGUGCCCCUCUUUUAUGAGAGUGCGCCGCGGGAGGAUAGUGACGAUGAGGGCGGGAGCAUGUUGAGCUUCAGUCAAGUACUCAGGUCUCAUCAGGCCAUUACUGUGGAAGACGACGAUGAGAUGGAUGGUUCUGUACUUUUUGGCGACGCGGACGAGAGAAAGGAAAUGUGA